CUCGAACCCGCCACACCGCCACUGUCCUAAUAUUAUCGCCACCGCCACGCUCCUAUAUAUCAACGCCUCCGCCGCGACGUACCCGUAAAAACGAUCCGUUCGCAAAACUCUCUUGACCCGCGGACCCGCGCCGACCGUCUGAGUUGCAGCGCGAUGCCGAACCCGAAGGUCUUCUUCGACAUGACGAUCGGCGGAGCGCGGGCUGGGCGGGUCGUGAUGGAGCUGUACGCGGACACGACCCCGCGCACGGCGGAGAACUUCCGGGCCCUCUGCACCGGCGAGAAGGGGAUCGGGAGGAGCGGGAAGCCGCUCCACUACAAGGGCUCCAAGUUCCACCGGGUCAUACCCGGCUUCAUGUGCCAGGGAGGCGAUUUCACGGCGGGGAAUGGGACCGGAGGGGAGUCGAUAUACGGAGCAAAGUUCGCGGACGAGAACUUCAUCAAGAAGCACACGGGGCCGGGGAUCCUGUCCAUGGCGAACGCGGGGCCCGGGACGAACGGGUCCCAGUUCUUCAUAUGCACCGCGAAGACGGAGUGGCUCGAUGGGAAGCACGUGGUGUUCGGGAGGGUGGUGGAGGGGAUGGAGGUGAUCAAGGCCAUCGAGAAGGUCGGGUCCUCCUCCGGCCGGACCUCCAAGCCGGUCGUGGUUGCUGAUUGUGGCCAGCUUUCUUGAGCCGGAGGUGCUCUCUAAUUCGGCUGAAAAUAAGGUGAAAUGUUUACUUGCCUUUGCAAGAGCGAAACUUUUGACAGAGGUU